AUGGCUUCACUCUCGAGGAGCUUCUCUUCCUCCUCGACAUCGAUUCCGGUCUUCCUCGCCCCAGCUUUUGCACGGCCAGCAGCAGUAACAGCAGCAGUAGCUCCGACAGCGAUCUUCUCGAGGACCUAUGCCAGCAAACCGAAACGCAACAAGGCGCACCAAGUAGGCCAAGCAGCAGGCGGCGAGAGGAACAAACAACGAGGAGUCUCGGCGAUCCGUCGAACGGGUCCCCGAACGACGCAGGGUCUAUGGAUGCAUCCUCUGCCCGUCCCCGUGGCAAGAGACCAUAGAGGAACGGACGCACAAUACGCAGGAUCGGACGACCACGGGCUAUGGGGGUUUUUCAACUCGGACAAGAAGCCCAUGCUCGCUCCAGACGUCGAGUCGAGUCACGGCCGCUCGUGGGCAUACUCGGAACUCGCGCAGAAAUCCUACGAGGAUCUACACAAGCUGUACUGGGUGUGCGUGAAGGAGCAAAACAUUGUCAUGACCCGGGAAAAAGAACGGAAGCGCCUGAGAGCAGGAUACGGUGUUGCUGAGCACGAGGAAAGAGUCAAAACAAUCCGCAACACAAUGUACCGCAUUCGAGAUGUUCUCGCUGAUCGACAGUUGUCAUGGGAAGAUGCGCGAAUGUUGUACGGCCAAGGAACGAACGUGGAAGAUAUGCUUGCACCGCCUCAGCAGCAGGAGACGGGAGACGAGAUGGCAGAGUUUGAAGAUUAUGACGAACCACUUCAGGACGUGGACGCUUCGUCAGUGGACGGUACUGGCAAGAAGCCGUUCCAUGAGCCUCGAUUAUGA